AUGGCUCAAGUUCAAGGCUUCAGUAAAACAUAUCCCUCAAAUCAUAUGAACGCCACGAUGGAGGACCCAUUUAAGCACCUGGCCUUAAUCACUUUCAUGAAAACUGUUCUGUUCGCAUUUAAUUUUAUCUUUUGGGUCACAGGAAUAUGUAUUCUUAUCGUGGGGCUUUGGGCGGAGUUCGACCUUUAUCAAUACAUGAAUCUGUCACCAGACUUUACUGGUGCAGCUCCUCACGUGAUCAUAGGGAUAUCCACUCUCAUGGUCAUUACGAGCUCGGUUGCAUUCUCCUGCAUCGUAAAAGGGCAACCAGUUCUUUUAUUCAUUUACGGGUCUUUCAUGCUAUGCAUCUUCAUGAUGGAAGUGGGGCUAAGCUCUUCAGUGGUAUGUUUCAGGGACGGCUACGCGCAAGGGUUGUACGAGGGUCUUACUGAAACAUUAAAGAACUACGACCCUAUCAAGACCAAUUUUGACUUUGCUCAAUCCGCGAUGCAAUGCUGCGGCGUCUCGAACUACACUGACUGGAUCUGGUUUUCUCCACAACGGGUGAUUCCGACCUCGUGCUGCAUUAACACCACACACUGUGUUACUGCCAAUUAUAACGAUGUCUACCAAAGGGGAUGCUAUGCAGUGAUUUACAUGAACAUAAAGGAUAAUAUGGACAAGAUUAUUUCGAUGGCUGUUAUAACAUCGGUUUUGCCACUCGGAGGCGCAGCAAUGUCCUGCUGCCUCGGGAACUUCAUACGGCGAACCAAAUAUGAUGCUAUUGGCUAA